CCGCGACCGGAGCGAGCGGUCGUGCCGUGUAGAAGUGCCCACAGGCUGCACUGACGCCUCCGUGGAAAUAGGAAACAAUCUGAUAUUUCUAGUCACCCUGGAUACUGUUGCCGAGAGACGCCGUGUUUGGGUCGCAGCCCGGGAGACAGAUCCCAGCUCCAUCCGCAGAGAUCCUGUUGGACACAGAUGAUGGCGCGAGUUGCAGUAGGUCGGCCCUGCCCCCGUGUGCUGGCCAGCGUGGGCGCGGAUGUGAACCCCCUGAGCUUCUACAGCACCUCCUACAGCGCCUCCUAUGGUACCGGGCGGUUUGUCCCCAGACCGGGGCGUCACUCUGGGACAGGGUACGCCGCCAACCUGCGCCCCGUUCUGCACUACCAGCCCAGCCUGGACCGCACGGACAACCCCCCGCUGGGGCUCUCCCUGCUGGAUAGCCUCCAGUCGGUGACUCACAGGCACUUCCUGCCGCUCUGCCGCCCGGACGGCUCAGAGCCCCUGCCCCAGAUCCGUGGGAAGAGGGAGAGUGCAUACCUGCGGGACACAGCUGUGGAAAGAGGAGUGAGGAGGAGGCAAAAUGUUGCAUCAGUCAGAGUAUCAGGGCCACUUUGUCCCAUUGGCCACUGGCCCAGCAGGUCCAGGUAGGAUACUGAUAUUGCACUGACGCAGUAUUUACCUUGUAGGACACCGCGGUAAACACAGAUACCAUACCUGACUGACGCAGUAU